AUGGCUGAAAUCCAGUUGUUUAAGACUAAGAUUACGCUUGCAUGCAAGCUUAUACGGUCAAGCGAGUCAGAUCUGAAGCAGCUGGACCAACCUUUCGCACAUUCCCUCCUCAAAAGGAUGAAUAGAAAGAACGGCUCAACUCAACCACUUGACGACAACAAUCACAAAAGCGAAAGAGCAUCACGACACGCUUACGUUGGAAAAGCAAUCGAAGCAAUAAGUUCGCGAUCGGAGCAAAAGGAGCGAGAGAAACUAAUGCUAGAUUUGAACAACCACCUGGAACUAGAGUCUAACGGCUUGGAAAUCGAGACGCUCCAAUGGUUAAACAAGAUCGAGUUCAGAAAGGAGGAGCUGGCACAGCAAGCCUCCCUGAUCACGGAAGCUUCUAGUGUCACCAACCAGGCUGUCAGUAACCAGAGCAACUCGUUGAGCGGAGCGGACACUGCCAACUCGUAUGAGCGCAGUGUUCGUGUACGACGCCCUCUGCUAGAAGUUCCAACAUUCACCGGGAACUUCAGAGAGUUCAAUACUUUCUGGUCAGUAUUCGAGUCCCUUCAUAAUAACGAUCUGGACUUUGAGCGAAUGCGAGAAAUUCCUUUUCUCAAGCAGGCAGUGAAAGGAAAAGCAGCGGCCUCAAUCAGCAGUAUCCCCGUCAUUGGGGACAAGUACAACGCCGCAGUUAGCAUUCUCAAGAAGCAAUACGACAGAUCGUCUAGUAUAGCGGACAUCUUGAUCAACGAGAUCGAGCAUCUACCAAGGGCUCAAGGAAGCUCGACAAGUUGCCGUAAUACGCUCAGUGCCAUAUCGUCUCGCAUCGUCAACGGAGAGAGCAACUCAGAGAAGACGCGACACGAAUGUCACCGUUCCUUUUCCUCUUUACUGACAGUGCAGCACGAUGAGGAGUAA